AUGAAAGAACUGCAAAGAAUCCGAAGAUCGAGUCUCGGCGGAUCGACGAGCAGUCUGACACGACGGAGUAGCAUCUCGCAGAAGGAUAUUCAGGCGUUGCAGGAGACAUUGCAGAUGGUGUUCGCCCUCCUUCUCUUCGUUCCACCCGCCACUUUUUUCAUCUUUUAUUCAAUUUCUAUGCAUACUGGUCUAUUUGUGCCGACAAUCACGGCGCUGUUCUUCCGGUUCCCAUUCAUUCUGCAAUGCGUACCGCCCGUCUGGGAUACUGUAGCGUGGAAAUUCAGUAUCGUUCAUUCUGGAAUUCAGAUGAUAUUCUAUUGGGUUCUACCGCAUGAUCACGCAUUGGUCAUGAGUUCGGCAGGCGACGAAAAGUGUGAAAUCAACAGUUUCUUCUCGUGUAUUCUGACGUGUCUUCUAUACGUAUUGGGCGCCUCAACCGGCAUUUACAGAGGCGAUUUGAUCUACAUUCAUUUCAAUUCCAUUAUUUUGAUUUUCGCCAUUUUCGCCCUAUCGAUAUGGGCGGCCCUCAUCGUUUCGUAUCAUUUUGGCACAGGGAAUAGUGUGACGACGAUCAGCGAAUUCUGGUUUGGCAUCGAAAAUCAUCCGAAAAUUUUGGAUAUCGACCUGAAAAGUUUCAUUCGGACACGGUUUACCUUUGUGAUAUGGCCAUUGUUCAUUAUUUCAGCAUUGUAUUUCCAUAAAAUCACUUAUGGAACCAUUUCUACCAGCCUAUUAUGCUUGUCCGGUGUCCAACUCCUAUACAUAUUCCAAUUCCACUGGAACGAAGAUCUCUAUUUAAACUCGCUUGACUCGAAACGAUGCGACUGUGGUUUCUAUCGGCUUUGGGCGGAUUUCGUGUUGGGACCCAUCAUCUACACGUCACCGAUUACUGUACUUGCUGCCACGAAUCGAUCAGUCGGAUUGAUUUCAAAUGGAUUGUUUUGUUUAGUGUCGAUGGUUUCGAUGGUGUUCAGUGCCAAGUGUGAUAGACAGAAAUAUGAGUUUAGAAGGACGAAAGGGGCGCUGAAAAUGGGCGGAGUCGAUGCGUUCUUCAUCAGUGCCAAGUAUCGCACGGAUUCGGGGGAGGCUAAUGCUAAUCUCUUGCUUGGAAGCGGUCACUGGGGAGUUUGCAGGCAUCCAAACUAUACUUCUGAAGCUGUCACAUUCUUGGCAUUCUCUGCUUUCCAAGGAUUCCCAUCUGUCCUUGCUCACUUCCCUGCUAUAUUUGUUACAUUAUUUUUAAUAGCUAGAGCUUUCACUGAUGAGAAUCGAUGUCUCAUCAAAUAUGGACAGUAUUGGGCACAAUAUUGCUCUAAAGUUAAAUACCGGUUUCUUCCAGGCGUGUUUUAG